AUGCUUCAGGACUUACCGGAGUGUGCUGAUGCUCCUCCAAAUUACUCUGAUACAUCGGCAGAUUGUCCCCCUUCUCAAUCCAUCCCCGUACUUCCGACUCAUGAUGAUGAUGAUCAUCAUCAUCCUCCUCCGAUUGCACCAUUACCGGCGCCUCCCUUUUAUAUUAAUUCCCAUUCUUUGUUUUUAAAGACAACAGAUCGAAUACUAGAUGAUCUUCGAAAUGAUCCCUACUUUCUUGCUGCAGGUAAGGCAGGUAUUUUGAACCAAAAGUCCAUUGAAUAUGCCGAACGACUCGCUUCAUUCAUAAAAUCCACCACCAAGUACAAGUUGAUUUCAAUAAAGUCUAGUUUAACUUACCUCAACAUCGAUUCCACUAAAGAUUUGGGUCAUGAUGCCAAGUUGCACACUUUUCAUGGUAUCAUCGUACCCCAACAACAAUCAGUGCAGAUCUCAAACGAGCCUCUCUAUCACUUUACUAUCAAGAUUAAGCAGCCGGCUGUUUUACCGGACGUCUCAGAUUCUUCCCCUAAGCAUAAAUUUUAUGCAUUUGAUGAUACUCAGUUAGUUGCAGAAGAUCGGAAAGAUCUCAUUUUAGACGAAGACUUCAUCAUGGACCAGGUCGGCCAUUAUUCUAAUACAGAAGAAGAGUACUUGGGUAAGGUGAUCAUCCAAUCAAUGCCCCAUUUAGUUGAUUCGACCAAUUUGGUAUCGGAAAAUACCCACACUAUAGUGAGAAUAGAAGUCUCCAAUCCAAUCCUUAGUUAUCAGGAAUUGAAGGCUUUUGAAGACGAAGAGAUUCAGGUAAGACUGACGUCUUAUCUUUCACAGAUUACUAACAAGUACGUUGUUGAUAAUCUUAGAGUUAAGGUUCCGUCCACAUUGGAAUGUUUGAAUACCUUAUUUCGUGUGUUAAAAGGUCCGUUUGAUAACAUUGAUUCCGUCUACAGAAAGACAUUGAAGCCUGACGCUUCACCUGUCUUGAAGCUUCAUCUCAAUUUACGGAUCCUCAUCGAUAAAUUCUUCUUCAGAGAAACUGGCAAUGAUGCUGAAAAUCUGGAACUCGAGCCUCCUCGUUUCCGAGAUUUUGGUGAUCUUGAACAUAUUUGCUGUAAUUAUUAUGUGAGAGCAUUACAGGAGGUGCUAUAUGUUGCUUCCAUCUUUGCUCCAGAUUCAAAAAGCUUCUUCAAGCAGACCCUAGAAAUUGACUCUCAUAUCACCAGCAUUUUUCACGCUUUUGGUGAAUUGGACGUCUCCCAGCAUUGGGACAACUGGUCUGCCCAGCAAUACAAUCCAGGAUUCACAACAUUGAGCGUGACCACGUAUUACCCUGACAACUUAAUCAUCGAUUUGUAUAAUCGUAUGGUGGCACUGGAUUCUUCCUGUAAACCAGCGUACUUUGAUGCUCUUACAUUUUGUGCUACUUCUAAAGGGGGCCAGGAAUUACAGAUAUACGCAUCUACCCUCAAAUCCCAAGGUAUGAUUGGAUUGGAUGAAUUGAAGGAUGGAUACAAUAAACUUGGUUUCAAUCCCGCUGUACUAAAAGAUUUAUCGGCGUUGUCAGAUGCAGAACUCAUAUCUUCUUACAAGGAUCAUAUUUUGAUUAGUGAAUCUAAGACAGAAAAGCACUCAUACAGAAAAGCGCUAGAAAGGUUAGGAAAGUUUAGAGAUAGCGCUUCUAUCAGAAAAACACUUGAUUUUGAACCCAUGUUUGAUAUAUCUGAUGCUUACGAUACUUUGGAGACAAGCCCCGCGGUUGAGGAUGAUGUUUUGAUUACGGCCUAUCAGUUGAAAGCCGAGGAUUCUUCUUUUUACAAUCCUGCGUACUCAAGGGCUCUUUCAACUAUAGCUCAAGGCCGGAAAAGCGUGCUGCUUAUGAAUUACUUGGAUUCUACUGUGCCUGGCUACUCUAUCGAUGAUGUCAAUAUUGAGGAUGCUUUCAAUGUUAUUGGUGCGGAUCAGUACGCCAGCGAUACUUCUCUUAUCCGAAUCUUCCAAGAGAGAGUCAAUAAUGAGACAAAAGUUAAUUUCCCACGGAUGUGGAAAGCUUUGAAGGUGAUCGGAGACGGUCGGAAGUCGAAAUUGAUUGAAGGAUUCCUUUCAUCUGGGAUUGUCGACUCCACUUUACUGUCAAUCGAUAAAACACCCGCUGGUUUGAACAACAUCGGAAAUACCUGCUACUUGAACUCAUUGUUGCAGUAUUACUUUGUAAUCAAGCCUUUGCGUGAGCUUAUUCUUAACUUUGAUAAAGCUCUAACUCCGGAGGUUUUUGAAAGUGAGCCGAAUUAUAAGAUCAGGAGAAUAGGAGGAAGGGUGGUUGGAUAUAAAGAGACAGAAAGAUCAUAUCAGUUCAUGUAUCAGUUGAAGGAUCUAUAUUACAAUAUGAUGCAUGAGAAUUCGAGAUGUGUUACUCCAACGAAAGAGUUGGCAUAUUUGUCAUUUAGUCCGAUUGGUGAUGAAGUGGAGUUUGAGCAUCCUGGUGACUUCAAGAAAUCAACGGAACGUGAGGUAUCCGGGGGAGUUAUCAGUUUGGAUGAUGUUGAGCUGGCAGAUGAGCCAAUGGAUGUUGUCGACCGCUCACUUAUUGAUCUUGGUCCGGAUGUUGAAGUGGACUCCGAUGGAGAUGUGGAUAUCUCAGAUGCAAGCACUCCAGAUGUGUCAAUUGGUCUGAUGUCUACUGCUGGAGAUCCCUCAUUGGCGGUUGCAAAGAUCAGUCAUGAUCAAAUCGAGAAUGCCUUCGAAAUUGGUAGACAGCAGGAUGUUACGGAGUGCAUAUCUAAUGUUCUUUCGCAGGUGGAAAGUGCCCUAGAUCCAGGAAUGCUUGACAAAGAGCACGAACAGCUGGAUUUUGUGAAGAAGCUUUUCUACGGAAAAACGAAGCAAACGUUGGUGCCUGUUGAUGUUCAUACAAAGGAGGAAAGACCUGUUGGAGAGCCACGUACUAAGAUUGAACGGUUUUUAAACUUAAUUGUUAACAUUGGCGAUAAUCCAAAGGAUAUUUAUGAUGCAUUGGAUACCUAUUUUACGGAGGAUUUACUUGAAUUGGAUAACGGAGAAGUCAAGCGAUCUCUUACCAUUACAGAAUUGCCUGAGAUCUUACAAAUUCAAAUUCAAAGAGUUCAAUUUGACAGAGUGAGGUUGAUUCCGGUGAAAUCUACCCAGCCUCUACCUUUUGAAGAGAAACUUUAUAUGGAUAGAUACAUGGAUACGGAAGAUGAAGAAAUAAUUGCCAGACGGAAGGAGGUGUUUCAUUGGCGGAGACGCAUCGAGGAGUUGAAUGAAAAGAAAGCGAAGCUUACCAGGAAGAAUAGUUACGGCUUAACUGCUAAGGCGACUUUGGAAUCCACUAAGCAGUUCUUAGAAUCCGAAACAAUGAAUCAGAUCGGUAUUCUUGUUGAUUCCAACACUAUUGAAGUGAUCGAUAACCAAAUUAAGAAAAUUGAAAAAGAAUUGAACAGUAUUGAUUUCGAGGUUCGAAAUUUGGAGGAGAAGAUUUCACAGCAAUUCGUUGGUUUCAGCAGGAUCGGUUACUCUAUUUUUGCCAUCUUCAUUCAUAGAGGUCAAGCUUCGUACGGUCAUUACUGGAUAUAUAUCAAGGAUCCGAAAACGGGGAUGUUCAGAAAGUAUAACGAUGAGAUUGUCAGUGAAGUGGGCCUAGAGGAGGUUCUGAACUUUAACGAGUCCAAUACCGCUACACCAUACUACAUGGCAUUUGUGAAGGAUGACAUAACUGAUGCCAUAGAACCAUUGAAAAGAGAGAUUGUGGAGAAUCUAGUGGAAGAGGUAGAUUAA